AUGGAAUUCACGGUAUACCAACAACUAGCCAAAACCAUUGAGAAUCUCCUAGCGUACGUCUCAAUCGUCGUCGCAACACUGGCCGGAGUACCCCUACUUCUUGACGUAGAGAACAAGCUGAUGUACAUGAAAUACGCGAACGUACUGUCAGCUUCCGUCGCAAUGGUGUCGUCAUUCUUCGCCUACUUGCCAUCCAACGUUCCAACUCAAGCCAAAGUGAAAUGGAACGUUUCUUUAACACUUGUGGCCAGGGAGGACUAUUGUACAUGUUUGGUUGGAUCAUCAACGUGUGCCAACUCGUCUACAUGA